CGAGAUGGAGAGCGGCGGCAAGGAGCUGGAGGCCGAGAUCCGCCCGUUGAAGAAGGAGGCGGAAGUAGUGGCGGGGGAAAGGGCCGAGAUCGGGGCCGCCAAGAAGGCCGGCCGGCUCUCGCGGUGGCGCACGGCCGCCUUCUUCCUGUCCCUGUUCUUAUGCCUGACGGUGGUGUUCGCCUUCUCCUUCAUCAUCCCCUGCCCCGUCAGGCCCAUCUCCCAAAGGGCCUGGAGAAGAGUCUACGCUGACGCGGCAACCUACAAAUUCCUGGAAGUGCAGGAUGUGGACCAAGACAGAGUGCAAGAUAUCCUCUUUGCUUUCAAAGCGUCUGAUAGCAGUUACAACAAUAGCACAAACAGAUCAUGCUUUGGAGAAGGCUUUACAUCCCCCUGUGCCUUCAUUGCUGCCAUUUCAGGCACAAAUGGCAGCACACUCUGGGAGGAACCUGUGGCCCAAGAUCUCCAAUUAAUGGACUGCUCCUUUGAGUAUGAUAAUUCCCAAGGCUGCCUUGUCGUAGGGGAGCUAGCCUCUCUAGCAGUCAUUGACUUAAAGACAGGCAAGACAGUAUGGAGGGUGAGGACCAGCCUCAGAGCUAAUUCUACAGUGCUCAGUCCCUUACUAAAAGUCCCAGAUGUCAAUGGGGAUGGUGUGUCAGACCUCCUGGUCUUUGUAGCCACAGGAGAGGAGAUUCAAAGUGGCUUCUAUUCUGGAAAUUCUGGUGAUAGGAUUGGGUCUGGCGGGAGCCUGCAUCUGCCAGGGAGGAUCGGUCACCUCAUGCAUACCACCAAGGCAGGUGCCUACUAUGUACUUUUCUACACAGCAAAUGCACUGUAUGGCUACUCCUUGAGGAAGCUCUACACUAUGGCAGCUGGUUCUGAUGACCACGGAGGGACUGGCCUGAAGGAGGACCCCCGGUGGGAGACAGUCAUUGACAGCUCCACACACUACGUGCCUUUGCUCAGCUCUGGAGAAAUCCGCUACUUGAUGAAGGUGCCUGGAAGGUCAGGGACCGAUAUUUUGCUUGUGAGAUCAACCACGCUGGAGUUGCUGGACGGACAACGCCUGGGCUCCUUGUGGACUACUGAUGUGGUUCCCCAUAUCCAGAGUGAGCCGGUGCUUGGAUCCUACGAUGCUGAUGAGAUUGAUAUUGUCAUUGAAAGCAGAGUCUCACCCAACAGAAAGAAGAUUCUAAUUGUGGAGGGCAGUUCUGGAAACAUUAGAUGGGACCUGGUUCUUCUCUCAGGAACUGGGACUCCUGCACCAGCCACUCUGGCUACUGCCGAUCACAGAUCCCUCUUCCUCUUCUGGGGCGACUACCAACCGGGCGAUAACAGGACGGGAUCAGAAGGGGCCCCCCAGAACCUCUACCUGUUCCACCCCUCCUUCCACAAUGUGCUCCUGUGGAUGACCAACAGCACUGAGGCAAUUGUGGCCUUUGAGGCGGUGCUCUUUGAGCGGAGCCGCCAUGCCUGCUAUGUGCUCCUGACUGGACCCCAGACCAACAGCAGUCCUGGACUCGUGGUGCUGUCCAAACAGAAACUGAAGGAGGACAUGGCCAGCAGCCAGGUGAUCUGGCUGAACCAGCUAGCCCAGGACACUGAUCAGAACAUCCGGGACCGCUUCCUGCGGAUGAGAUACCGCAGCCCAUGGUGAUCUCUGCUUGGAGGCUCAACACUGGAGGAUGCAAGUCCCAAAAUCCAGACUGAGACUCUCUGGCACAGCAGUUGCUUUCCACCAUCAGCCACAGAGACAGUGACUGCAGCGGAGACUUCUGAAACUGAGGAGGACUGGGAGGUAUCAACAUUUAGUAUGAGGUUCUCACUGGGGUCUGUGGGCAGAGAUGAGUCUCUCUUGCUCAGGCUGCCUCUGCAGCGGUGUCCUGCCCGCAUCUAAAGCUUUGGGUCCUUCUCUAGGUGGUUCCUGCAGGAUGCUUUGUGUUAGGCAAUAGGCUAAUGGAACAUGUUGCUGAGGGGAGAGAGCUGAGGGCUGGCUUUCUCCAGUAACCAGUUCCACAUCACUGAUGCCACUCUGAAGCAAGGUGCUGCACCCCCCUCUGCCGCCUCAUUUCCCCCUCCUCAGGCUGGUUAAGGCCCUUUCCUUCAUUCUCCCUGUCUCUCUCUGAGGGAGGCUGGAUGGAGAUCUUCAUUAGGACUGGCUUGGUCUGCCAUCUCCUUGCUUUCUUGCCAGUCGCUUUUAUGGCAGUUCCUGAAACACAGAGUGCGUCACCCUGGAACGACACAGACAACUCACGGAAGGAGCAGCUGGGUCCUCCUCUGAUCUGUGCUGCUGAGCAAGUUCUACUUGGCUUAAAUCUCCUCUUUCCUCCCCCCCCCUUCCUGUUUUCUCUUCUGUGUUUAAGGAAUGGUUUUUGUUUUGGCCUUGAUUGAUGUUUCUUUGAUGGUAGAUGUUGACACUAAUUCGUAUCUGUCUGGUUUAUUUUUCUCUCUCCUUACCUCCAAGGAGCCCUGAGUGAUAUACGUUGGUCUCCCUUCCCUAUUUUAUUUAUUGCAUCUGGAGCUUCCCUAGGCUUGGACUGAUGAUUACUGUGGUUUCAAUAAAUCUUAUUUUGUGAUCCUGA